GGGGAAGGCCCAUUGGGGCAGAUAUAAGGAGGUCGAAGAAGAUCAAUUGAGUUUCCAACCAAGAAAACCUUAAAACAAACAAAAUCAAAAAUGCUUCGGAUUCAUCCAGCUCGAAUCAGGACCAACUACCACCACCAACUGACUCUGAGCAGGACGAGCAGAAUCCAGAACAACAACCACUCAACAACAACAACAACAGCACCAUCAUCAUCGUCAGCAUACGAAGCACGACUGACACAGACCUACGAGAUCCCCAGGAUCGGCAAGAUCAAAGUCUCUCUCCAAUCCGAGUCGGUCCUAGGCAUCGCCCAAUCACGCGGCGAACGGCCCUACCAGGAGGACUUCUUCGCCCUCGCAAGCUUGAACCUCGACGCCCUCGAACUCGACAAGACCCUCAGGAGGGCCCAAGAUUACCAACGCUUGAUCGCUAAUAAUCAGGCCAAGUAUCGCAAGAGGACACCCAACAACACUGAUCAGCCCUCUUCCUCCCACAUCGCUCAAAACAAGGAUCACAAGCAGAGUCUCCUUCAGACUCUCUUCGUAGGCGUCAUCGACGGCCAUGGCGGCUCCGAUUCCGCAGAAUUUCUGUCCAAGAAUCUCGCCCGGAUCAUCGAGCAAUCCAAGCUGAUUGACAUCCCCAAAGUCAUCCGAAAGUACCGCUCGAUCGGGGGCUAUUUCCGGCGGUUCAGAGGCGGCUUCCUCGAAGAGAUUGCCCAAGAAGUCUACAACAACAACAACACCGAUCCGUCGAGGAAAGGGGAGGGUGAUGAUAAAGACCAGCCGAGGAUGGGCGUCGACGAGCGAUUGUCGCUCAGCUUCUUAUUAGCAGACCAACAGCUGAUCAGCCGUUGUCCCAAGUCGGGCGCCGUGACGACGAUGGCCCUGAUCACGCCGCUGCCGAUCGAGGAUGCCGAGCAGAGCCGGAGGAUCGAUCCGCACUUCAGCUCGCCCCUGCUCUCGCUAGUGCUCGCCCAUCUGGGAGACACCUCGGCCCUGCUCUGCUCGGCCACCAACGGCAAGGUCCUCCCGCUCACCGAAUACCAUCAUCCGGACUCGCGCGUCGAGUCGGACAGACUCCGCAGGAUCGGCACCGGCCUCAUCACCGACUCCUUCGGCGAAUCCCGUUGGGGCGGCUCCCUCGCUAAUUCCCGCGGCUUGGGCGACGCUGGCUUUAAGGCUCUAGGCGUCACCGGCGAACCUGAUAUCAUCAAUAAAAUCAUCAACGGUCGGGAUUGGGAGUUCUUGGUCUUGGUCUCCGAUGGGAUCUCGAACGUGAUCUCGAAUCAAGAGAUCAUCGAUCUAUGUAAACGGACCAAGUCGCCAACCGAAGCGGCCAAGAGAGUCGUCGGAUUUGCCGAAAGCUUGGGCGGGAGAGACAAUAUGACGGCAAUCGUCGUGCCCUUGUUGGGGUGGGCGAAUCCCCAAAGCGUCGACUUGACACUCGAGAGACGCGAGUUCAGGCUCAAACAAUUCUCCUCUUCUGGCGGCUCGGGCCGCCAGAAUAGGAUGUAA